AUGCUGAAAAAUAUACAGGGGGGCUACCCUCUCUUUAUACGACAGAGGCUUUCGUUGUACAGACAAAUACACACACCACGCCUCUAUGAUGGUUCUUCUUCGCGCAGAAAAGAAAAACUGACUGGAUUUUUGGCUUUCAAGAAGAUAAUAACAUCAGUUUUGGAUAAUGAAGUGGAAAAACGCAAACAUACUUGGAAAAGUCGACUGCCAGAUCUACAGUUGAAAUACGACCCCAGAGAGAUUGGUGGCUUUGAUACCUUUGGAGUUUCGCCGCUGGUGGUGCAAGCGCUGAACCAGACAUUCCCAGAAGUGAAAGAUCCGACUGAGACCCAGAAAAAGAUUUUAUCUGUUCUAGGGUCGGGGUUUUCGGUGAUAGCGAAAGAGACACAGGGAAGCGGCAAGUCGUUCUCCGCUCUAUUGCAUGCUCUAUCCAGACCAAGGGCCCUGACAUAUCUCGGAAAACCUGCAACGACAACGCUGAUACUGGUGAAAACUUCUUCUUUGGCUCGGCAAUAUGAACUGCAACUGUUGCGGAUUCUGGAUCGGUUCGAUGGAGAGACAGCCAAAGUAGCCCAAUUCCUCUAUAGAUGUAACGACAAGACUGAAGAAAAGGCACAGCUGGAGAAAUGGAAAACGCUAGAGCCUCCUCACAUCAUUGUCGCUACGCCGCAGAGAUUAUUGGAUGCGAUUUUGGAAAGUGGGUCUCCAAAUGGUCUUGGUUUGAGUGAUCUCAGACUGAUCAUAUGCGACGAUGCAGAGUUUUUGUUCGUGGACGGGGCAACCUCAAUGGCAAAAAAGAAGAACAAGAAAAAGAAGCCUGCUGAGUCAGUCAUGAAUUAUCUUCUCGAGCUGAGAGACAGCGAGAGGGAUCCCAAACUAGGGACCCCGAUCCGGAAACAAAGUGCUCAAAUGGCCUUCUUCAUAGACACAAUGUCAUCAGAGUUCAUUCAAAUGCUGCAGAAACGAAACUGGGUCAAUUGGGAAAAUCUCAAGAUGGUGGGUGUAUCUGCCAUGAGCCACGAAAAGGAUGGGAAGGAGCUGCUGUUGCCCUCCAAUGUGAAGGUUUCUGCUGUGAUAGCUUCGGAAUCAGGGGAUUUGGAAGACUUGACUCCAUUUGAUCUGGAUAACUCAGAGGAGCUCCACAGUGAUAUUGGCUAUCUCAUGGACCUCAACUACAAGAAGCACAGAGUUUACCUGAAGUCCCAGUCUCGAGGCGACCAAGAGGCCACAAGAUUCGCCAAAAAUGAACUCUUGCCCCGUAUAAUGGAGAACCUUUCAGGCCAGGUUUUGUUGCUUCACGAUGAAUCGGAAUCUUCAAUUAAAGUCCAAAAACAAAUUGAAGCAGAAGGGUUCUACUCCAAAAUAUUCAACCUCCACGAUGACUUCUCCAAUUUCUUCCAUCCAGGAUUUCAAGACUUUUCGCCCGAGAACCCCCAUGUUCUCAUCUCUAACGUCCAGAACGUGAUAGGAUUGACCUUCAAGAAUCUACAGAAUAUUGUGUGUCUCGGCGUGGAUACCUUCAUUGACCCCAGGUCAUUGGCCAUGCUGGGAGGAAGGUUCAGACCAGCUUCUGGACUGGUAAAGUUGCACUCAAACAACGGUUCAGCACCGAAUCUCGUCUUUGUCUUCCCAAAGAGCGAUUUUGGUUACAUUGAGAGAAAAGCCUUUGAAAGGAGUUUGCUCAAGAUAGGAGGUCCAGUCCUGGUACCUCUAACGAAAACACCAGAGACUGGAUUCGAUAAAUCAGACUACAAAGACUUUUUCGACGACAUCGAAGACACCGAGGCGAUUCAUGAGGUCUACUAG